GCCGUUGCUCCUUGGACGGUUUCUCUCGCGUGUGUGAGGGGAGAGCUCUGCCGUGCGUGUCCCCCCGGCUGGGAAAAGGGGGUGCCCCUGCCCUCCCUGAAGGGAAUUGUGUGUCCCCUCACCUCCCCUGAUCCUCAGCCCUUCGGCAGUAAUCCUGAUGUUAACUAUUUCACCGUUGAAUCCUUGUACCAGUAAGAAGCAGAUAAUGAUACCAGAACAGAGUCCGGCGACUUCCCUCAUCGACAGGACCAUCAAGAUGAGGAAAGAGACCGAAGCCCGGAAAGUGGUUUUGGCCUGGGGACUCCUUAAUGUGUCUGUUGCAGGCAUGAUAUAUACUGAAAUGACUGGAAAACUCAUAAGCUCAUAUUACAACAUCACGUACUGGCCACUCUGGUAUAUCGAACUUGCACUUGCAUCUCUGUUCAGCCUGAAUGCCUUAUUUGAUUUCUGGAGGUACUUCAAAUACACCGUGGCACCGACGAGCUUGGUCAUGAGUCCUGGCCAACAGACCCUGCUGGGCUUGCAGAAUGCAGCGGUACAAACAACUCCACCAUGUGAGCUCGCAGCAAAGAAAGUCCCAUCUUCGACGCCUUCUCCUCCGAUCCAGGGUCAAAGUGUGCUGAGUUACAGCCCGUCCCGCUCCCCUAGUGCCAGUCCAAAGUUUACUACCAGUUGUAUCCCAGGGUACAGUCCUCAGCUACAGGCUUUGUCGAGCAACAGUGCUUCCUACAGCAGUGCUGUAACCUACUCACCGAGCAGCAGCUACAAUAAGGUUUCCAGCUUCAGCCCCUCUCCUAGUGGAUCACCAUACCCUACCAGUAUCGGGCCAGUGGAAAGCGGCGGGCUAAGGUCUCGUUACCGCUCUUCACCCAUUCUCUAUAAUUCUCCUACUGGCAAAGAAGAUUAUAUGACAGACCUCAAGUCACUGGACACCUUCCUUCGAAAUGAAGAGGAGAAGCAGCACAGAGUUCAACUAGGAAGUUCAGACUCCAGCUCUCCUUCCAGCAGCCCAACUUUUUGGAACUACAGCCGUUCUAUGGCAGACUACUCACAGAUGCUGAGAAAGUUCCAGUAUCAGCCAGCUUGCAGGUCCCAGGCUCCAUCGGCACACAAGGACGAAGCUGAUCUGAGCUCGAAACAGGCUGCAGAAGAGGUUUGGGCACGGGUGACAAUGAACCGACAGCUCCUUGAUCACAUGGAUUCCUGGACCGCUAAGUUCAGAAACUGGAUUAAUGAGACGAUUCUAGUGCCACUUGUCCAAGAGAUCGAGUCUGUGAGCACUCAGCUGAGAAGAAUGGGGUGUCCGGAAUUGCAGAUCGGAGAAGCCAGCAUCAGCAGUCUGAAGCAGGCAGCGCUCGUUAAAGCUCCGCUCAUUCCAACCCUGAACGCUCUAGUGCAGUAUUUGGAUCUCACACCAAACCAGGAGUAUUUGGUCGAAAGGAUCAAAGAGCUUUCUCAGGGAGGAUGCAUGAGUUCAUUCCGAUGGAGCAGAGGAGGCGAUUUCAAAGGCCGCAAGUGGGACACCGACUUGCCCACUGACUCCUCUAUCAUUAUGCACGUGUUCUGCACUUACCUUGACUCCAGGCUGCCACCUCACCCCAAGUAUCCUGACGGGAAAACCUUCACUUCCCAACACUUUCUUCAGACACCAGACAAACCAGACACUUCAAACGAAAACGUGUUUUGCAUCUACCAGAGCAGCAUCAAUCCACCCCACUACGAGCUGAUCUACCAGCGCCACGUCUACAACCUGCCCAAGGGCAGAAACAACAUGUUCCACACCUUGCUUAUGUUUCUGUAUAUCAUCAAGACAAAAGAAUCCGGGAUGCUGGGGCGUGUAAAUCUUGGUUUAUCGGGAGUCAACGUUCUGUGGAUUUUUGGAGAAUAACAUCUCCAGCGGGAUGCUGGUUCAGAGGAACGACGCUCCUCUGGCGAGAUGAACUGAGCAGCAUCGUUAAUGUUUUUGACUUAAACACGGACUUAGUAUAAAAGGGGAUAAUUUAAGUUCCACUUUGCAAGUUGAGGGGAAGUGUUUGUAAUUCCUGUGUGGGUUUUGUGAUGAUAUUAUUUAAAAUAUUUCACUGUCGAAGUGCUACUGCGUAUGAAGGCCAGGCAGAUUUUCUCUUUCCGACUUUACACCUGAACGAAUCCCGUUUAAAAAGCUGUAUGCUGUUCCUGUUCCAUGUAUCUGUGAGUGCCAUUGCUGCUUAACCAAGCUUAACUGAUCCUCGGGCCUAAACUCCAACCCCACCUGAGGGCUGGAACAGCCCUCCCGAGGUUCUACGCAGCCACGAGUGAGCCGUCGCUUGGAAAGAUAACAGCAAUUUGGCCAAGUUGGGGAUCCAAGAAAUUCCGGAGAGGCAGAAGAAAAGCCAAGUCAUAAAGUUUAGACUCAUUUUGGUUCAUUUUAUUAUGGAUGAUAAAAACAUUUUUUUUAGUUAUUAUUAGUCCUGGCUAUUGGUGUAAUUGGGUUUUCUGCCCCCCCCCCAAGAUGAGUCGGGCAUCCGCGCUGCAGGUGUGAAGGAAAGAGAAAACCAUGUUUGACCUGCUGGUUUCAGUAAAUAAGGUUUUUAUUUUAAUUUUUUUUUUUUUAACAAGAUAAGCACGCCAUCCACCUUCAGCAGUCUCGUGAGCCCUGAAAUACCAGGUGCCUUCCGUACAACCACAGCAUUACCCUGCCUUUGCCUUUUAAUUUAUUUUUAUUGCUCCCAUCAGCUUUUUUUUUUUUUUUGCUUAUUUUGGGAGCCUUAUGGACUGGCACGAGGCUUCAGCACCUCUGCAGCCCAGGCUCUACAAACCUGCAGACUUUUAAGGCCCCAAUUUUUUGGGAGAAAAAAAAAAAGUGCAUUUAUUUCAAAGAAGGGGCAGUUCAAUAUUUGCCAAAAAAUUUUUUAUUUAAGGGGGCAGGGAAAGAAUCUUGUAAAUUCUCACAAAUGAGGAGUUUAGAAGUGUAGAUAGUUACUGUAAUUAGUUAUUUUUUUUUUAAGGGGGAGUUAAAAAUCCAUAAGCCCCAAGAUGCUGAAGAUCUUUGUGUCGGUUUAUUCCCCUCAGUGAAUAACCACUCCCCUCGCUCAUUGUAAACUGCCAAAAAACCCACUUGUACAUAAAAGACGUGAGAAUUACACUGGCUUGUAACACCACGUGUUUUCUUAGGAUAAUCUAUUUUUGUACUGGAUUUUUUUACUGCUGGUUUUUGGUGUGAACCAACUCAGUCUCCCCGUGAGAUGCAGGGUUUUACUCGGGGUCUGCUACCAAAAUGGCUCGUUUGGUUCCGUAUUAAAUGAGUUUGUUUUAUCAAA